AUGGCCGAAUUCGCCGAUUUUGGUGGCUCUGCGGCGCCAGCUUCUACUGAUGAUCCGGCUGCUGACUUUCUUGCACGCGAGCAGUCGGCUCUGGGCGAUCUCGACGAAGAUUUUGCUUUCAACAAGGAUACUCAAGCUAAUCCUAACACCGAAGUAAAUGGCGACAGUCAUGCCGACUUUGGUGAACCGACAAAUGGCGACGUAAAUAACGAUUUGUCAAAUGGCAUAUCAGAUUUGUCGUUAAAUGGCAAUAAGAAUGAUUCAGGAAUCAGUAUGCCCAUUUUACCAACCGAAGAGCCAGAAUCUAUUAAAAAGUGGCGCGAAGAGCACAAAAGAGCUCUCGAAGAGAAAGACGCUGAUGAAAAGACCAAGAUUGCUGAACUGAAGGAGCAAGGCAAAAAAGAACUGGAAGAUUGGUACACUCGCUACAAAGACCAACUUGCCAAAGCAAAGCAACAAAACAGGAAUGCCGAAAAAGAGUGGAUUGCCGAACGCGACACAGAUUCUGGCGCCCAAGACUGGGAGAAGAUUACACGUUUGUGUGAUUUUAACCCUAAAACAUCAAGAAACACCAAGGACACUUCUAGAAUGCGUUCCAUCCUUCUGCAAGUGAAGCAGACGCCACCUGCCACUUCGGCCCCGGUGUCCUAA